AUGGGACGUCGUGAAGAAAAGAAGCUCCAGAGGGAAAAGCUCAAAGAAGCUUCAGAAGCGGCUCGGAGUGGUUUUCCCUUGCCUGCGGCUAUUCCGGAGGCUUCUGAGCCCGUUUCCAAGACAAAUACACUCGCUCGCGUCCCUGGAAAACAUUGCCUGAGAUGCCCGUCAGCCAUAGAACGCCCUCCACAGAAACAUCUGACUCAACCUCAGUUCUGUCUGCAGCUCAACCCGGCCGGCGAGGGUCAGAUGUACCAAUUGAGUGAUCUUUGGCCUCAAUUUCCUGAGGGAUCCGAAGCUGACGUGGCCGACCUUUUGCACACCAAUGACGAUUGCGACGCGCUUUUGAAGGCCGCCAACACAGGCGACGUGAAUUUCCAGGAACGAACGAUCACAAAGCAGAUGCUCGAGCAUGCCAUCAACGUAUGCUAUGCCGAGGGACCGAAGAAGGCACGCGAGAAGAAGACCGCUUCAACGCGGGCCCCUACCGGUAGACAGGCUUCUGAGAGCGCAGCUACCGCCAUGGGCCGGCUCUCCGUCUCGAACGACAUGGAUGUUCCAGCUGAAGACACAACCGAGCAUGGCCCACAGCCUGGCACCGUGGAGAUGGAUACCACACGACCUGUCACGACAGAUUACGAAGUGAUUUGCCUCCGAUGUCCCUCACAUGAAGAUGCCCUCCUCAAGGGCCAUCCCUUCGACAACUUGCAUGCGUGUAUGAAGGACUACCCGCCAUAUGAGUUCGGCGCGUCUACCCUCUGGUGGGGAUACGAGGACGCCAGCGACGAUGUCGAUUCCCUAGCAUCGCUUUUGCCCGAUGUCGUCGCCUGCGAGCAGUUACUGAAGCAGGUUGUCGAAGACAACAUGGAGUUCUCCAAGCAGGCGUCUGACAUGAGAGAUUCCGGCGAGCUAGCCAAUCAGAUGGAAGAGCAUAAUCGUGUCCUGAUCAGGAAAAUAAAUCACAAGCACAGGAACAUUCGGCUCACGAAACAACUUCUGGAGUAUGCAGCGGUGAAGGUGUACAGUCGCUCCUCGCCUGGAUCGAAUCCCGCCCACGUCCUGAGUAAUACCACUGCUGAUACUUCUUGUGAUGCUGUCACCUCCGGAACUAGCAGCAGUGCAUGCCAAUCGACCUCUGGCCAGCGGCUUCCACUCCCUGUGCCACAAUUGCCAAAUACGAACAACACCGGAGCACCACGGCCUCGGACAGGACAACAUGUUCUGGAUCCACGCAAUACUCUGCUCACGAAUCACUUUGUCAUUUCGGUCAAAAAGGGAUCUGUCCUGUAUGAGUAUCAACUCGUAGGUCUGCAAGACUCAGAACUCAAGCUGUCCAAACCGAAGAAGCGAGUCCUCAUCAAACGAGCCAUCGAGCAGUGCGCAAUCCUCAACAGUCCGGUUGCACCCUUCGCAUACAACAAUGAAGGAAAGAUCAUUGCGUUGAAGGAACUGGUGCCUGGGUAUGACGAGACUAGCCUUCCGCUUGCCCUGUUGAAUGUCAAGAAUUUCGAUCGAGAGACCUCAAGUUCUAGCGAAGUGCCUCUGGACCUCAGAUUCAAGCGCAAGAUCGAAUUUGACGGCCUGAUCAACUAUGUCCAUGGCGCCAACGAAUCUUACCAUGAGACUGGUGCAGUACAAGCCCUAGACAUCUUGAUUGGGCAUGCAGUCGAUGAGAACAACAAGAACACGACUUCGGCAAAUCAGAUUAUCAGAAUUGGGGACAACCGUUUCUUUACUCCCAACAGCAGUUACAAUCUAAACGGGUGGGGCAUGGAAGCAAUCAGAGGCUUCUUUAGUAAUGUGAAGCCCGCUGACCAAAACCUGCUCCUGAAUGUCAGCACAGCGAUGAGCGCGUUCUACAGGAGUCAGCUGGUCUCGAACUACCUGGCUCUGAGAGUUGAUCGCAACGCCCUCCACAAGCAUCUCAUCGGAUUGCGCGUCCGGAUCGUGUAUGAUCGUUGCAAGCCUGGCGAGACCGAUCGCUUCAAGGACUCGCAAGAAGGACGCAUCAAGACUAUCACCCAAUUCUCGACCGCUCGGGCAUCUGACAUCAAGUUUAUCGAUCGCUCGGGACAGAAAGUGUCAGUAUGGGACCACUUCAGGAGCGCAUACGGUCAGGCUGCCGGGAGUAGUCUUGGUGGGUCACAGAUAUGCGUCAACACAGGUAGCACACAAGCUGGGAAGGAAUGUUGGUUUCUGCCAGAUCAACUUCAAGUCAUCCCCGGGCAGAUCUUUCGGCGGACAUUAGACAAGCUUGAUCCAAGAAUGACCGAGACGAUGAUUCAGCAAGCCUGCCAAACACCAAGCCAAAACUACGCGGCAAUCGUGCACAACGGCCUCCCAGCACUUGGUCUGCGUCACAACCAGCCAGAUCCGCCAAUUGUACGGUCUUCGGGAAUUUCGAUCACGCGCCAAAUGAUGACCGUGCCAUUCCGAAAGAUCAAUCCACCAAAGGUGCAAUAUCACAACGGUAAUCCCAACGUCAAUGACUCUGCGGUCUGGAGCACGCGAGGCAUGAGAUUCAUUUCGACAAAGGAGGGUCUCGGCAAUGGUAUAGCCUUCGUCACUCUUCAAGGUCUUAGAUACCCUCAUUUGGGACAAGGCUACAUCAAGGAGUUUGAGCAAGCUUAUCAUCUCAAUGGCAUUCCAAAAGCCAAGACCGUUGCUGAGAGUUGGGAACUUGUGCCGAAUAGAGGAACAUUGGCAGAUCUGGCCGCUAGAGCGUCGCUGACGGUACUUGCACUUCCCGAAUCGUCUGCGAAGAUGCGCAAAUUUUAUGCCAUAUUUCGGUCUGUCUUGGAUCAACAGGUCGGCCGAGCAUCGAUUGUCUUCAAUGAAGAGCGUAUACCAAAGGCCGACAGACGCAUGACGUACAUGGCUGCCAAUGCUAUGAAGAUCAACGUACGGCUGGGCAAUGAGAAUCACGCAGUGUCUUCUGGGUUCGAGGAUCUGUCUACGAACAAAACCUGCGACACCUUGGUCUUGGGUGCCGACCUGAUUCAUCCCAAGCAAUCAAGCGCCGAAGGUACUCCCACCAUUGCAGCACUGGUCGGGAGCGUCAACGGUUCCUUUGCAAAAUUCCUUGGCUCCGCUCGUCGACAGGACAGAGGCAAUGAAUACAUUGAUGCUGCAAAUAUGCUGAGCAUGGCAAAGGAGCGCAUCCAAGCUUGGAAGACGAGCAAUGGCGUCGUGCCACGACGAAUCCUGUACUAUCGUGACGGCACUGGCAACACGCAGUACGGUGAUGUCCGCACCCACGAGAUCGCCGCAAUCAAGCAGGCCUGGCAGGCUGUCGCGGGCACAAGCAUGCGGGCUCCAGUCCAGAUGACGACAGUCAUCGCAAUCAAGCGCCACAGCACGCGAUUCUUCCCUACCAGUAACGGGCCCAAGACCCAAAAGACGGGCAACUGUAUGCCCGGCACUGCCGUGGACCGCCACAUCACAUCUCCAUACUACUUUGAUUUCUACCUGCAGUCGCACGACGUGGAAAAGGGCACCGCAAAGCCGACGCACUACUUCGUGCUAGAGAACGACAUGAAACUCACCGAGGCCGGCCUGCAGAACAUCACCAAUGCCUUCUGCUACGUCUAUGCGCACACGACCCGUGCUGUCUCCUAUGCCGCACCGGCAUACUACGCGGACAAGCUCUGCGAGCGCGUGAGCCUGUACCUGCACAAGUUCUUUGAGAAUUAUGAAUGCCCCGAAUCCUCGGAUGCUCGAAGGGGAGCCAUCGAGCAGGACUGGAAUCGCGGUGGGCAGGGAGUGAACGGGAAUCCGUGGCACAGCAAUUUCAACAACAAGAUGUUCUGGAUGUGA